AUUUAUUUUUUAUUUUAAUUUAUUUUUCUUAUUAGCCUAAUUUAAUUUUCAUCAAACCCUCCUUCACCAGCACCCACUUAAUUUCAGUCUCAGACUUGGGGGAGAGAGAGAGGGAGAGAGAGGGAGAGAGGGAGAGAGAGAGCUCAAAAUCUUGAGAGGUGGGGGUGGAUUACAAACCCUAGACAGAAGGAAAUUUUUUGAAAACAUUUCGCUUUGAUUUCAUUUUCUUUUCGUGUUACGCUUCGAAGAUCUUCGUUCUUCCAUCGCCACAAAGGAAAAGGAAUUUCUUGUAUUUCUAAUCAUGGCAAAUUCUAAAGGGUCAUCCAACGUCAGAAGUUUUAUGAAUUCUGGAAAACAUGCGCUUCUCCCUCCUAAAAGUCCCUUUCCUAGUGUUUCUCCAUCAUAUACUGAAUAUGUUCCUAAUACUGCAAUUGGAGCAAAAGCUAUUCAGAGACCAAGAGAUGGUAACGCCUACCAUCAAAGAACUUCUUCGGAAAGCAUUCUAAUAGAGGAGCAGCCUUCUUGGCUUGAUGAUCUCCUCAAUGAGCCGGAGACCCCUGUUCGCAGAAUUGGUCAUCGACGUUCCUCAAGUGACUCCUUCGCAUAUACAGAUGCUGCUAAUGUUAAUUUUGAUAGCAUCAUGCAAGAAGAGUUCAAAUAUACAAAUACAGUUCCUGGACACUCUUGGUUAUCUCAAGAAUUUGAUCAUCAGAGAGAUGCGAGGCAUGCUUCAUUCUAUGCUGAAGCUAAUGGAACAAGACAGAAGAAUAGGGUGUGGGAAUCAUCUUUAUCUACCAUGAGUAACCCCACUGCUCUUCACUCUCCCAGGGAGAACAUGGUAAUUCAUACCUCUGGACCAUUAAGCACUCCGCAGGAAGCAGAUGGUUUGCCUUCUUCAGCAAGUGAAAAACAAGAUCCAACAGAGUCUGGCUCACAUGAUCCAAAAGUCUCUUCUGAGAGAAAAGAUGUUGCUCAUGGAAAAUCAUCUGUGUCUGAUACAGAAAAUAAACGGGCCAAACAGCAAUUUGCUCAGCGUUCAAGGGUACGAAAACUUCAAUAUAUAGCUGAGCUUGAAAGGAAAGUACAAGCUUUGCAGGCAGAGGGCUCUGAAGUCUCAGCUGAGCUUGAAUUUCUCAACCAGCAAAAUCUUAUUCUUAGCAUGGAGAACAAAGCUCUCAAGCAGCGGUUAGAUAAUUUAGCUCAGGAGCAGCUAAUUAAAUACUUGGAGCAGGAAGUAUUGGAGAGGGAGAUCGGAAGGCUAAGAUCCUUGCAUCAGCAGCAACAUCAUCAGCAGCAGCAACCGCAACCACUACGACCUUCUUCUAAUCAUCGGCGUACUUCAAGCAAAGACCUUGACAGUCAGUUCGCUAACCUUUCUUUGAAGCAAAAGGAUUCUGGUUCAAGUCGAGACCCGGUGACAGGUCCAGUGCGCAGUUAGAGUUCUGGUUUGGCUUCAAAUGUGUUGUGCCUGGGUGGAUUUUACCAAAUCGGUGAACAAAAAUUGUCGUCCCUUUGUGCAAGACAAGCUGAUCUCUUCCAGUCUUGGUACCGUCCCUCGCUCUCUGCCUUUUUAAUUCUUUGCCUCUGUCUUUCCUGCCUUUUCUGGAGUUAACAUCUUCAUAUGCAUGCACCUGGUGGUCAUUGCCGUUGUAAUGUUUGUUCUACGUAGGGUGUGUGGCCUACCGGAGGUGAUAUCUGUAUGUACUGUAUGUCUAAUCAAUUAUAUAAUUUUACAGCAGUUACAAGCACCAUUUUUUUGUUUCCAUCGAAAAAGUUCCACUCCCAGUGUGAACAUCUUCUUUGCUGUUGGACAUUCUUCAUUACCUGUAAUGCAUCAUGGUGAGAAAUAACUUAUAUGAUUUCCAAUGAAAUCCCUGAUUUACUGAUGGAA